CUAAUAAGAGAAAACAAAAUAUGUCUGAUAAAAAAUUGCAAGAACGUCCAGGCAAAUACCAUCAGCCCAAGAAUAUAACCCCGAUAGAGCCUGGACUGACCCUCAAUGAAAAUGGCUUACCGUUAAGACCUAAUAAACCCGUUUGUCCACAUUUCAGUCGCUUCGGCCUUUGCAAAUCCGGUCCAACUUGUAAAUUUGAUCAUUCUUCCUCAUCCUCACGUAGCAAAUUAUGAAAAAUGAAACUGAAAUUCCCUAUCUUUCGUUCCGUUUAUUCUAAAUAAUACUAUAAUAUGUUAUCCAUAUAUAUAUGCAAAAUCAUGUAUUUUAUUCACCAUUUGUAAUAACAAUAUAUGAAAGAAUGCAAUGAUCAAGUUGA